GAGUCCAGCCGCUCCGUUUCCCCUAGGUUGGGCGCGGGUGGGCGGCAUUAGCGCUUUGUCAGAAUGUUGCGCCUGGUGAGCUGGAACAUUAAUGGGAUCCGGAGCCCUCUGCAAGCGGUGGUACAGGAGCCCAACAACUGUACCGCCAAGUCCAUGGCGCGCAUUUUGGACAAGCUGGAUGCCGACAUCCUCUGUCUUCAGGAAACCAAAGUUACCAGGGAUGUGCUGACAGAGCCCCUGGCUAUCAUUGAGGGCUAUAACUCCUAUUUCAGCUUCAGCCGCAACCGUAGUGGCUAUUCUGGUGUAGCCACCUUCUGUAAGGACAGUGCUACCCCAGUGGCUGCUGAAGAAGGCCUGAGUGGCGUACUUGCCAUGCAGAAAGGGGACGUGGGUUGCUAUGGAAACAUGGAUGAGUUCACCCAAGAGGAGCUUCGGGCUCUGGAUAAUGAGGGCCGGGCCCUUCUCACACAGCACAAGAUCCGUACGUGGGAAGGGAAGGAGAAGAUCCUGACCCUAAUCAAUGUGUACUGCCCCCACGCUGGGAAGCCUGAGCGGCUGGCCUUUAAGAUGCGCUUCUAUCACUUGCUGCAGAUCCGAGCAGAAGCCCUCCUGGCGGCUGGCAGCCAUGUGAUCAUUCUGGGUGACCUGAAUACAGCCCACCGCCCCAUUGACCACUGUGAUGCAGUCAAUCUGGAAUGCUUUGAAGAGGACCCAGGACGCAAGUGGAUGGACGGCUUGCUCAGUAAUCUGGAUUGCCAGGGUGGGUCCCCCGUAGGGACCUUUACUGAUAGCUUCCGCUGCUUCCAUCCAAAGCAGGAGGGGGCGUUUACCUGCUGGUCGACAGUCACUGGUGCCCGCCGUCUGAACUAUGGCUCCCGGAUUGACUAUGUGCUGGGGGACAGGACCCUGGUCAUGGACACCUUCCAGGACUCCUUCCUGCUGCCUGAAGUGAUGGGCUCUGACCAUUGCCCUGUGGGUGCAGUUUUAAGCGUGUCUCCUGUGCCCGCAAAACAAUGCCCACCUCUUUGUACCCGCUUCCUCCCUGAGUUUUCAGGCACCCAGCUCAAGAUCCUUCACUUCCUAGUUCAUCACAAACAAGAUCGUGUGUCCAAGCAGUCAGCGCAGCAGCUCAGCACUCAAACCCAGGUACAGAUGCGCCAAAACAAAGCCCGAGUGCGUUCAACCAGGCUUCGACCAAGUCAGGCUGGCUCCAACAGAGGGCAAAAAAAAUUGAUAAACUACUUCCAGCCAUCCUCCAGCUGUUCCCAAGCUCCUAAUUUGGAGCUUCCUAGCUUGGGUACCCUUGUGACCCCAAAGACCCCAGAAGACAAGGUGAUGGUCAAAGUGAUGGAGGGGCAGACCAAGGCUUCAGAGGCCAAGGAUGAGAAGGAGGUACGGACCUCAUUCUGGAAGUCUGUGCUGGGGGGUCCCUUGCCCAUGCCCCUCUGCAGGGGCCACGGGGAACCAUGUGUGAUGCGAACUGUGAAGAAGCCAGGACCCAACCAGGGCCGCCACUUCUACAUGUGUUCCAGGCCCCGGGGUCCUUCUACUGACCCCUCUUCCCGCUGCAACUUCUUCCUCUGGAGCAGGCCCAGCUGAUGUGUUCCAGGCCCCGGGGUCCUUCCACUGACCCCUCUUCCUGCUGCAACUUCUUCCUCUGGAGCAGGCCCAGCUGAGCCAGCCCAGGCCUAGGGAUGUCUGGCCUGGUCAGUCCUGUACAUGAUCGGAGGCAAGCACCUUCCUAAGCUGCCACCUCCUCCCCCAAGGCUUCCUUCCCCUCCUCCUCCUCCCUCACCUUCCUCAAGGACCCUUCUGUUUCUUCUCUCUUCUUCCUCCAGGGCGUCUCUUCCUCUGUCUAGCUCCUCAUUGGGGAGCUUCCUGUGCCUUAAUGCUGCAACCCAGUCCUCCACCCCACUUCCCACUUUCCUGUAAGAAGUACACAGGAACCAGUUGCUCCAGGAAAUUUAAAAACCCUUCCUUUCCUUGUUAGGAAAUGUAUCUGUGCCUAAAUAAAGUCUGUGUCUUUGUUUUAGUG